AUGUCUGGCCCUUUGACCUUUGUUGAUAUGCAGGCCAUCAGACUCGCUUUUACAGGUGAGAGGAUCUUUAAGAUGUUCCUGGUGCUGUCCACGCAGUCCCUCUUCAUUUACAUUAAUACUGUGAUGCUGUUCACGCUGCGCACCAAGACCAUCUUCCGUGAGACACCACGCUACAUCCUCUUUACCCACAUGCUCCUGAAUGACACCAUUCACCUCGUGAUCGCCCUGUUGCUCUACAUGCUCAAUAUCUUUUACCUUGUGGUGGUGCGUGCCGCUUGCGCCUUCAUCGUGCUGGUGUCUACAUCAACAUUUGUGAAUGCGCCACUCAACCUGGCUGUCAUGUCCCUGGAGAGGUACACGGCCAUCUGCUUCCCUUUGCGGCACAGCGAGUUGGCUACGCCGGCGCGAGUGAAUGUGGCUGUGGCUCUGGUGUGGGUUUUGGGCAUCAGUGAUGUGCUAACUGAUGUGUGUGCUCUCUUCCUCCUCGCAGAGCCAUCCUUCUACUUGUCUCCUACAGUGUGUACCAUUGCACAGCUCAUGGUGGCACCCUGGCAGCAGGGCAGGAGUGUCACAUUCAAAGUGCUGCUCUUUGUCAUGGUGGCCAUUGUGUUACUCUACACGUAUGUGGCCAUCCUGCGGCAGGCGCGUGCCGCCUCCUCUGACACCUCUUCUGCCCGCAAGGCCUCGCGCACUGUGGUACUGCACGCGUUGCAGCUCGGCCUCUCGCUCAUGUCCUUCCUCUAUGAGUAUAUAGAGUCCCUGCUAGGAAGCCUGCCUCUUGCCGUAUACACACAGCUACACUUCCUCAACUUCUUCAUAGUGCUGGUCCUUCCACGCUGCCUCAGCUCACUCAUCUAUGGCCUCAGGGAUGAGACCUUCAGGCCACUGUUCAAGCAGAACUUCCUGUACUGUGGUACAAACAAAGUUGUGCCUUUAGAGGCUUUUACAAAACACUAAUGGUGAGACAAGAACAAUGUGAUCAAUGUUUCUGUGAUCUGUAUGUGAAUAAAUGUGUACAUGUGUUUCUGUAGAUACAUACACAAAGGAUGUGGCAUAAGUCUCAAAAAGCUAUUUGUAUGUCGUUUAUCAGGAUCAAAAGUGUUAUGGGUUGUUUGUGAUCCUGAUA